AUGACCGUAGAAACCGAUCCUUCUUCAAGGCAAGAUUCAUUACAGGCGUCAAGAGGAUUCCUGGCUGACCAUCUUCAACUGAAUUUGCAUACCGCUACAGGACACGAGCGUUCGCUCACCCAGAUCAUGUACAACAAGGAGGGCGAUCUGUUAUUCACUGCAUCCAAGGACCAUGUCAUCAACGCCUGGUUCUCGACCAACGGAGAGAGGUUGGGAACAUACAACGGUCACAACGGAACCAUCUGGACGAUCGCCUGCGACUCCCAAACCAAGCUCUUGGUAUCCGGAUCCGCCGACAACCAGAUGAGACUGUGGGACAUCGCGAGCGGAAAGUGCUUGAAGAUGUGGGAAUUCCCCACUGCCAUCAAAAGGGUCGCAUGGAGCGACGAUGACAAGAGGAUCCUGUGCUUGACCGAGCAGCGAUCGGGUUAUCAAGGAGCCAUCCGGGUCUUUGGUAUCAACAGGGAGGGUGACUGCUCCAAACAGGAUUCCGAGCCCUUGGUUUACUUCUCGCCUAUCGGGUCGAAAGCUACCGUCGCUGCCUUUGCUCCUCUUGGUCGAGAGAUUAUCACUGGACAUGAAAGCGGAAAGGUUGCCCUGUUUGACGCCGAGACUGGGGAAGAAAUCGAGAUCAACGAAAAAGCCCACUUGGGUCAGGUAACUGAUCUUCAGCUGUCCCCUGAUGGUACCUACUUUGUGACAUCGAGCAAGGAUCAAACCGCCAAGCUCCACGACUCGAAAAACCUUCAAGUCAUCAAGACCUUCACAUCCGAGACGCCUUUGAACAGUGCUUGUAUCACGCCCGCGAAGCCUUACGUUAUUGUGGGAGGCGGUCAAGACGCACGAAGUGUGACCACCACUUCGGCUCGAAGUGGAAAGUUCGAGACCCGGUUCUACCAUAGAGUCUUCGAGGAGGAGGUUGGGCGUGUGAGGGGCCAUUUCGGGCCCAUCAACACCAUCGCGGUUCACCCGUCUGGGAAAGCCUUUGCGUCGGGAGGAGAGGACGGUUACGUCAGGGUUCAUUGGUUCGACGAGUCGUAUUUCCGGGCUCGACCGUACGGUGAUCUCGAGCCAGAGGAUUAG